UUCAUUCCUUAAUCGCAAGUUCGCAACUACCGCCGCCGCCUCUGAUAUGGCCUCUACGCUCACCCUGUGUCUGACGUCGUCUCUCCUCCAACGGAACCCUAAUCGCGACUUUCCUAUCCGAACCCGCAAGAGUGGCCGCAGAAGUUACCGACCACUGUUUGUAGCGGUCCAGGCGGAGGAUCGCUCUCCUCAGAAAUUCACGAAAUUGGUAACUUUCUUAGGGAAAGGAGGCUCUGGCAAGACUACUUCUGCGGUUCUCGCCGCUCAGUAUUUUUCAAAGGCUGGGCUGAGUACAUGUUUGGUGUUGCAUUCUCAAGAUCCUACUGCCGAAUAUCUUAUGGGCUGUAAGAUUGGAGCUUCUCCUACCUUAUGCAACAAUAAUCUUUCGGUUGUUAGGUUGGAAACCACUAAAAUGCUUCUUGAACCUCUCAACCAGCUCAAGCAAGCUGACACUCGUCUCAAUUUGAUGCAAGGGGUUCUUGAAGGGGUGGUGGGUGAAGAGCUUGGAGUUCUAGCUGGAAUGGAUUCCAUAUUUGCAGCCUUUGCACUUGAAAAAUUUGUGGGAAUUCUAAAGACUGUAGCUUCAAGAAACAAAAGACAAGAAAAGUUUGAUGUAGUUGUAUAUGAUGGAAUAAGCACUGAGGAAACACUCCGGUUGAUAGGCUCCAGUGAGAGAGCCAGAUGGUAUUUGAAAUAUUUGCGGAAUGUGGCUGAAAAUACCGACGUUGGGAGGUUGGCUGCUCCUUCACUCUUGAGACUAGCAGAUGAAACCAUGAGGUUAAAUGGUCGUGGCUUGCGUCUUGAUGGAAAAACAAGUGCAGAGAUAUGGGACAAUGCUGACCAGAUCCUAGAGAGAGCAUCUGCAGCCUUUGCUGAACCAUUGAAGUUUGGCAGCUACAUUGUUAUGGACACAAACUGUCCAAUGUCUGUCAGGGCUGCAUUACGUUAUUGGGGCUGUGCAAUCCAAGCGGGUGCCCAUGUUGCUGGUGCAUUUGGCAUUGCUCGUCCACAAUCUAGUCCAGCAUCAGUAGAUGUGGUUCAGGACUUUUCUCCCUUGCCUUUUGCAUGCAUGCCAUCGCUUUCUAUGGGUUCUGUAGAUUGGAAUUCUGUGUUGCUCGGAAGGCUUGGUGAAGAUGCACAGAAUCUUCUUUCUGCACCUGCAAGCGGUUGUGACAGGUUUCAAUCACCAGUUAAGUUCGAUCUAGUGAGGAAGUCCAUAUCUCUCUUCAUGCCAGGCUUUGACAAGUCAGAGAUCAAGCUAUACCAAUAUAGGGGAGGAUCUGAGCUGUUGGUGGAAGCAGGAGACCAAAGACGUGUCAUUCGUUUGCCUUCUGGUAUCCAAGGAAAGGUGGGAGGUGCCAAGUUUACAAACAAGAGUCUUGUAAUUACAAUGCGAUAGGAUUUCUAUUAUCUUUUAUUUCAAUUUUUCAUUUGAAGGAGUCGAAGAGGGGGGGGGGGGGAAAGGAAUUAAAGUUGUGUGCAUUAAGUUUGGAAUGCACAUUUUGGGGUUUAAAAUAUUAUCUGCAGUUAGAUGCU